AUGAAGAGAAAACUUUACAAAUUGUCAUUGUUUAAGGAGAUAGAUGAGUUCAACCAAAAGGAUAGUGAUGGACAUUAGAGUGAUGAUUCCUCUACAUCUGAUGACUUUUUGAAUACCACAUUCGAAGCAUAUGGUAACAACUUUUGAUGAUUAGACUUAGAGUCUCAAAUAUUUAUAAGCAGCAAUCAAACACCUAUACAUUCCGAACAAUUGCAAUUCAUACAAGGAGUAUUUGAUAAAUCCGAGGAGAGUGAGCAAUCUUUUGAUUUCAACAUCACUAAUGUAAGUAAUCAAACCAAUAAUAGAUUGAAGGAGACAAUAGAACAACUCUGAUGAUGAGAAACAUUCCCCAGAAUUAUACAAAGGAAAUGCUGAUUUUGGAAAUUGAUUCAAAAUUCAAAAAUAAAUUUGAUUAUUUCAAUUUACCAUUUGAUGGCACUGUUAAUCCUGGUUAUGCAUUUAUCAAUCUUAAAUCAAAGUCAUAUCUUAAAGACUUCUAUAAUUAUUUUAAUGGCAGAAAAUGGAAGACCAAUCCAUAAAAUAAAGUAACUCCAUUUCAUUAUCGCAUUUAGCCUUGCUAUUUAAAAUAUGCCAAAAUAUAGCAUAAGAAAUUUAAGCAAAUCAAUCCCUAGAUAUAUAUACAACAAAGCAGUGUUAUCAAACUUAUUUAAAGUUAGAAAUAAUAAUGCAGUUUGUGA